AUGCUCACUCUUUCGGUCGAAGCUCAGCUGGAGGGCGUUACUUCCCUUCUUCCCACAGACACUGAGGAAAAUCCCUACUUCUACACUUUCCGAGUGCAAUGCACCUCCUGCCACGAGACACACCCGAACUGGGUCAGCUUCAACCGUUUCGACGUGCACGAAAUCCCUGGUAGCCGAGGCGAGGCUAAUUUCGUAUGGAAGUGCCGCCUAUGCACGAAAACCCACACUGCCUCCAUCACUAGCGGACCUAAGCCUUAUGAAGUCCAGGAAAAGCAGAACUUCCAGACGAUUAUCGAAAUGGACUGUCGUGGCCUCGAGUUCAUCGAGUUCAAGCCCGAUGGUGAAUGGGAAGCCAAGGCUAUUGAGUCAACCACCACCUUCUCUGGCAUUGACCUUUCAGAGGGUGAGUGGUAUGACUACGAUGAGAAGAAGGGUGAGGAAGUCAGCAUCAAAGAAAUCACCUGGACCGUUGGCCGUUAA